AUGACAGCCACCAGAGAUAGCAUCGAGCCACCGAAUGGGGCAAAGCUGGAAGGUCUCCAGAUAUCGGAUACGAAUGAAGGAGGAAGCGCCCCAGGGCCUAUCCCUAUCAGAUCGGCAACAGACGCUCCCUACUGUAUCUUGCCCGAGUUGGAAAAGGUGCUGAUCAUGCUCCUGGUAUCGUUCGCCUCGAUUAUCUCUCCAAUAUCUAGCAGCAUCUACUUCCCCAUCCUGAAUCGUCUCGCCACCCAGGAGAAUGUGUCACUCUCACUCAUCAAUUUGACCAUCACAACCUAUUUGAUAUUCCAAGGCAUCGCCCCCUCAUUCGUCGGAAACUUUUCGGAUGUCUAUGGACGACGACCGGCCUACCUAGUGUGCUUUGUGAUCUACCUGGGCGCCAACAUUGGACUCGCCCUGCAGAACAAUUACGUGGCGUUGAUGGUCCUCCGGUGUAUGCAGAGUUCUGGAAGUAGUGGAACAAUAGCCCUGGGAAGUGCAGUGGUUGCUGAUAUAUCCACACGAGCAGAGAGGGGGAAAUAUAUUGGAUACGCCACCAUGGGGGUAACGUUAGGACCGGCCCUGGGACCCGUCAUCGGCGGGCUACUGGACUACUAUUACGGAUGGCGUGCGAUAUUUUGGUUCUUGGCCAUAUUCAGCGGAGUAUUCGGCAUUAUCAUUACCAUAGCGCUCCCAGAGACCUGUCGGGCCGUAGUGGGCAAUGGCUCAGUCCCUGCAGCCAAGUGGAACCGUUCGCUUUGGGAGUUGACGGUGCGCAGAUUCUGGAAGAAAACCGAACGCACAGAACCAGAUAAUGAAACAAUUCAGCAAGGUGGCCGGCGUCCGAACCCCUUUGCAUCCUUGAAAAUUGUCACCGAAAGAGAAGGAGGGCUGGUGUUAAUGUACGGCUCGCUCUUAUACGCGGGAUAUAUGAUGGUACUUAGCACAUUAUCUACUGAACUGGAGAACAGAUUCGGAUUCAAUACCAUCCAGGUGGGACUGUGUUAUCUCCCAUUAGGUAUGGGUAGUCUAACAUCUCGAUGGACUGUGGGGUACCUACUUGAUAGAAAUUUCAAACGAGAAGCCAAACGCCAGGGGCUUCCAAUCGUGAAGAAUCGCCAGCAGGAUAUUGCAAACUUUAAUGUUGAAGUCGCUCGGUUAUUGGUGAGCCUUCCGAUGAUCUAUGCUUCAUGUUUAUGCAUUAUCAUCUAUGGAUGGGUCAUGGAGUACAAGACUGCCCUUGCUGGGCCCAUGGUGAUGCUGUUCUUCACCGGCCACCUGACAACGGGUGCCUUCAAUAGUUUGAAUACAUUAGUCGUGGAUAUUCACUAUCAGAGUCCCGCCACGGCCGUUGCGGCUAAUAAUCUGUUCCGAUGCUCGGUUGGCGCAGGCGCAGUUGCAAUCGCGACUCCGCUGAUCCGACACAUUGGUAUUGGAUGGACUGCGAGCUUUAUCGCCUUCUUAUGGAUUUUAUUCACUCCAUUUCUAUGGGUAGUGGUUCGAUGGGGUCACGGUUGGAGGAAGAAGGCGCAGGCGAAGCUUCAGGAGAAGGAAGCACAGAGCAACAGAUCGAGAGAUCUAGAAGGUGGACCUCCAGACAACAAGAAGGGAAGAAAUACAGGCCAAGGUAAAUAA